AUGGAGAUCCUCAACAGGGACUUCCAUAUAAUCCUGCUCCAAUCCCUGCCACCGACGCCCAUCUGGGAGGCGUUCAUAUUGACACUAUACAAGCUCAAGACAGCUGCCGAAGUUAUCACCCGGAUAACCCUUCACUGGCAGCGUGUCUCACAGAAUAGCACAGUCGCCACCCUGAGUGCGCCCACCACAGCGCUCCAGGCUGAUGCUAAGCAGAAGAAGCCAGAUAAACACUGCACUAACUGCCACAGGAGAGGCCACACCAACGAUGUCUGCUACUGGCCUGGGGGGGGAAAGGCAGGCCAAUUCCCACCUGGCUUCAGUCAGCGUGGGGGUGCAAGUGGGCCUGCCAGCACCUCUAUGCCUUCAGCAGGCACUCCUACAGCAACUGCAAGCACUGCUGUCAUCAAGACAGCCUACGCACUAAUGGCUAUGACCGGGGGAUGGGAUGAGGGUGGAGGUACCAGAGAGCACGUUGUCUCCUUCAUACCGACAGAGGACGAACCUACAGCACUGGUGGCAAUGUCCUCAGGAGGGGGCAAAUUACUCACAUAUGUUGAUUCUGGUGCAAGCGACCAUUGCUUCACAAAUAAGAUUGAUUUCUCCACUUAUGAACCAUUCCAUGAGUUGUGCGAAGGCCAGGCUGCAUGCCGAGGGGCAAAGUUCAAAAUCCUUGGAAAGGGAACAGUUGAGAAAACUUUUACCUCAGAAGGGUGCAAGACCACAAUCACCUUCCAUAAUGCCCUCCACACACCUGAAUUUGCUGCAAACCUCGUCUCUGUGAGCAAAUUCGACACUGCCCACUUCAAGGUUGUCUUUGGCGAAGGACAUGCCCAAUUCAUUGACCCCAAUGGCAAGGCCUUCAUAACAGCUAGCUGUACAAGUGGGAUGUACCUUCUCACCCGAGAAAUGGACACGAAUGCGCUAUCUGCGAGGUCUCAUGAGAAGCCCACUGGCAUUGACACCUGGCAUCAACGGUUCUCCCAUGCAGGUGUGCCGCUGAUAGAAGACAUGGCACGGAAGGACCUGGUUGAUGGACUGCACAUCAUGGAUGGAGACAGAGCACCUGGGAUGUGCGAGGACUGCAUAUAUGGAAAGCAGACCUCAAGGCCCUAUGAUGAGGACUACAUGCCAGAGACAGAGCUCCUUGCCCUAGUCCAUGUUGACCUAUGGGGACCCACAUGA